ACCGUUUCACGGUGGGUAGCACCGAAGCGUGGAUGCCGCGCGUCCCGCCGCGGGCCCCCAGGAGCGCGGAGCCCCAGCGGCCGGGCGCGGCCGGGCGGGGGCGCCUCCGGGAGCCACUCGGCCGCCCACCCCGGCCGCCGCCGGGGGCAGCCUGGGGGCGCCGCCGCCGCGUGUGGCCGCGGGCGGCGGACAAAGGGCCAUGCGGGGCCGCGGGGCGCGGCGCGGGGCGCGCUGGAGCCGGGGUCUGCAGCGGCGGCGCUGAGCGCGGCCGGGCGGGGCGGGCCCGCCGCGAUGCCGUGGUUCCCGGUGAAGAAGAUCCGCAAACAGAUCAAGCUGCUGCUGCUGCUGUUGCUGCUCACCUGCGCCGCGUGGCUCACGUACGUGCACCUGAGCCUGGUGCGCCAGGGCCGCGCGCUGCGCCAGCGGCUGGGCUACGGCCGAGAUGGAGAGAAGCUAACUGGAGUGACAGAGGGCCGGGGCAUCCGGGCUGCACGGUCCACACAGAGAGCAGAGGACUCCAGCGAGAGCCGCGAGGAGGAACAGGCGGUAAGAAAGACCCAAACAUGCUCCUGCCCGGGAGGGCUGGAAGGCCCCCACACCUGAACCUCACCCAGCACGUGCCUCCGUGGCAGGAGGAGUACAAGGGGCAAGUGAACCUGCAUGUGUUUGAGGACUGGUGUGGGGGCGCCGUGGGCCACCUCCGGAGGAACCUGCACUUCCCGCUCUUCCCUCACACUCGAACCACCGUGAAGAAGCUGGCCGUGUCCCCCAAGUGGAAGAACUACGGACUCCGCAUUUUCGGCUUCAUCCACCCAGCGAGAGAUGGAGAUGUCCAGUUCUCUGUGGCUUCAGAUGACAACUCUGAAUUCUGGCUGAGCCCAAAUGAGAGCCCAGCAGGAGCCCAGCUAUUGGCCUUUGUAGGCAAGACUGGCUCUGAGUGGACAGCUCCUGGGGAGUUCACCAAGUUCAGCUCCCAGGUGUCCAAGCCCAAGCGGCUCAUGGCCUCCCGGAGGUACUACUUUGAACUACUACAUAAGCAGGACGACCGAGGCUCAGACCAUGUGGAAGUGGGGUGGCGAGCCUUCCUGCCCGGCCUGAAAUUCGAGGUCAUCGGCUCCUCUCACCUCUCUCUCUACACAGAUGAGUCAGCUCUAAAGAUGGAUCACGUGGCCCAUGUUCCCCAGUCUCCAGCCAGCCACGUGGCAGGGCAUCAGCCACAGGAGGAGCCCAGAGCCGACAUGCUGCGGCUAGACCCCCGAGACACCUUCUUCCUCACCCCCCGCGUGGAGCCCGCCAGUGUGGAAAGCGUGUUGGAGCCCUGUGCCUAUGCGCCCACCUACGUGGUCAAGGACUUCCCCAUUGCCAGAUACCAGGGGCUGCAGUUCGUAUACCUGUCCUUUGUGUACCCCAACGAUCACACACGCCUGACGCAUAUGGAGACUGACAACAAGUGCUUCUACCGGGAAUCACCUCUGUACCUGGAAAGGUUUGGGUUCUACAAAUACAUGAAGAUGGACCGGCCAGAUGGUGAGGACGAAGAGGAAGAGGUGCAGCGCCGUGCCUUCCUCUUCCUCAGCCCAGAUGACUUCUUGGAAGAGGAGAAUGAGCACGACCUGCUGGACAGUGUGGACCCCACCGGGGUGACGCCCGCACAGAGCAGCCGCUCUUCCAGUGCCCCCGCUGCCCCUGUGGAGGCCCACGCCACCUUCGCACCUCCAGCGUCCCCCAGCCUCCCGGCCGAGCAGGCCCCACGGCGCUCCAGGGCGCUGAACUGGGCCCCCCGGCCCCUGCCCCUCCUCCUGGGCCGCCCUCUACGACCCCGGAGCCCAAAGGUGUACGUGACGCGGGUCCGGCCCCAGGCCCCGCCUCCUCCGCGCCCGCCCUGGCCUCCCUUCCCUGGAGUCUUCGUGCGCCCUAGGCCCCUGCCCCGGGUGCCCCUGCGUGCACCUCCACGCCUACCUGGGGCCCGGGGACGCAGGACUGGCCGCCCCCCAGCCCCGGAGCUCAGGCCCCGGCCCCGGGCACCGACCCCCCACGGGCACCGGGCUGGCCUCCUGCCGCCCACUGCGGCCACCGUGAACUCGUCCAAGGUGCAGCCCGUGACCUCCUUCCUGAGCCUGUCGCAGGUGUCACGGCCAGGGGGGGAGGAAGAGGAGGAGGAGGAGGAGGAGGAAGAAGAAGGCGGCGAGGCCGCGGAGGACAGCGCGGAAGAGGCGGCGCCAGGGCCGGCGCGUGGCCGCUGGCGCGAGGAGGCCAUUGACUGGCAGCGCACCUUCAGCGUGGGCGCGCUGGACUUCGAGCUGCUGCGCUCGGACUGGAACGACCUGCGCUGCAACGUGUCCGGCAACCUGCAGCUGCCCGAGGCCGAGGCGGUGGACGUGGUGGCCCAGUACAUGGAGCGGCUCAACGUGCGCCACCCCGGGCGCUUUUCGCUCCUGCGCAUCGUGAACGUGGAGAAGCGCAGAGACUCCGCGCGCGGGAGUCGCUUCCUGCUGGAGCUGGAGCUGCAGGAGCGCGGGAGUGGCCGCCUGCGCCUGUCGGAGUACGUCUUCCUGCGCCUGCCGGGAGCGCGCACGGGGGACGUGGACGACGAGGAUGGCGAGAGCCCCGAGCCGGUGCCCGCCUCCUCCACGCGCCCCGACGGCCGCCCGGAGCUCUGCAGGCCUCUGCGCCUGGUCUGGCGCCAGGACGUGAUGGUGCAUUUCAUCGUGCCAGUGAAGAACCAGGCGCGCUGGGUGGUGCAGUUCCUGACGGACAUGGCUGCCCUGCACGCGCGCACCAGGGAUGCACGCUUCAGCGUCAUCCUGGUGGACUUUGAGAGCGAAGACAUGGACGUGGAGCGGGCCCUGAAGGCCGCGCGGCUGCCCAGGUACCAGUACCUCCGGCGAUCCGGAAACUUUGAGCGCUCUGCGGGGCUGCAAGCUGGUGUGGAUGCGGUGGAGGAUGCCAGCAGCAUCGUCUUCCUCUGUGACCUGCACAUCCACUUCCCCUCCAACAUCCUUGACUGCAUCCGCAAGCACUGCGUGGAAGGCAAACUGGCCUUUGCUCCGGUGGUCAUGCGCCUUGGCUGUGGGAGUUCACCACAGGACCCACACGGUUACUGGGAGGUGAAUGGUUUUGGCCUCUUCGGAAUCUACAAAUCAGAUCUGGACCGCGUUGGGGGCAUGAACACGGAGGAGUUUCGGGACCAAUGGGGUGGUGAGGACUGGGAACUCCUGGACAGGGUCCUGCAGGCAGGCCUGGAGGUGGAACGGCUACGGCUACGGCACUUCUACCACCACUUUCACUCCAAGAGGGGCAUGUGGGGGGCGCACAGCCGCAAAGGCCCACACACCCAGGGGCCCUGAAGAUGGAGGACCCUUUGGUGGCCCUCUACUGCAGUGGGCUCCACACCACGAUGGCCACCACCGUAUCUGCAUCUCUGUUCCCAUGGCCAGACUGGCUGGGAGGAGCCACUUCUUGGUGGGGUUGGGCGCACUCCCACCCCUACACUGUGUGGGGUUGGGCACUCUGCGAUGAUUUCUGUGAAAUUUUGCUGUAGAGAUGACAUUGUUUUCAGGGUUCCCAAACGUUCAGUCUGUUCUGUUUUUUAUUCAGAAUGAAAUGAAAUAUUUUUUUUAGUUCU